AUGGUGAGUAGGUUUAUGAACAAACCAAAGUGGCCACAUUACCAAGCUACUGUUAGGAUACUGAGGUAUAUCAAGGGGACUCUAAAGUAUGGAGUUUUGUUUCCCUCUGAUGUUAAAUUUGAGUCAGAGUUGAUAUGUUAUUCAGACUCUGAUUGGUGUGGAGACAGAGUUGACAUAAGAAGUACUUAUGGAUAUUUUUUCAAGUAUCUGAGAGAUCUCAUUUCUUGGUGCUCCAAACCAGUGGUUGCAUUGUCAACAUGUGAUGCUGAGUAUAUUGCAGGUGCUUUGUCUGCUUGUCAAGAUGUGUGGAUUUUGAACUUGUUGCAGGAUCUGAAGAUCAAGGUGAGCAAGCCUGAAAAAGUUGAUGAUUGA